AGGGCCUCCGCUUCCCGCACUUUGCGCUCUUCCCGGCCGCCUGCCACCCCCGGAGCGCUGGGGCUGCGUCCUGCGGGCGCCGUGCGGCCCGGCGGCCGCUGCCCAUGGAGCCUCCCGCCCUCGCCGCCGUCCUGGCCUUCUCGGGGCUGGCGCUGAGCUGCUGCCGCGAGCCCGUGCAGUCCGAAUGUUACACAGCAAAUGGGGCUGACUAUCGUGGCACUCAGAACCAGACUUCCCAGUAUGCAGGGAAACCUUGUCUUUUUUGGAAUGAGACCUUUGAGCAUCCUUAUAAUACUGUGAAAUAUCCCAAUGGGGAGGGAGGGCUUGGAGAGCAUAACUACUGCAGAAAUCCUGAUGGAGAUGUCAGCCCAUGGUGCUACAUUGCAGAACAUGAGGAUGGAAUAUAUUGGAAAUACUGUGAGAUUCCAUCCUGCCGAAUGCCAGGGAAUCUGGGGUGUUACAAGGACCAUGGAGAACCACCACCUUUGACUGGCACCAGUGAGACUUCCAAUAAACUUACUAUCCAAACAUGCAUCAGUUCCUGCCGAAGUCAACAAUUUAAGUUUGCAGGCAUGGAAUCAGGUUAUGCUUGUUUCUGCGGAAAUAACCCUGACUACUGGAGAUACGGGGAGGCAGCCAGCACGGAAUGCAACAGUGUUUGCUUUGGAGACCAUACUCAGCCUUGCGGUGGGGAUGGCAGAGUCAUUCUUUUUGACACCCUUAUUGGUGCCUGUGGAGGGAAUUACACUUCUGCUACAGCUGUGAUCUACUCCCCAGAUUUUCCUGACACAUAUGGCACAGGCAAAGUCUGUUACUGGACCAUACAAGUUCCAGGAGCAUCUCGAAUCCACUUCAGCUUUGCCCUUUUUGAAAUCAAAGAUGCUACAGAUAUGGUGGAAUUGCUGGAUGGCUAUACCUACCAUGUUCUAGCUCGUUUUAAUGGCAAGAACCGGCCUCCCCACACCUUUAACAUCUCUUUGGAUUUUGUCAUUUUGUACUUUUUCUCAGAUGACAUCAAUCAAGCCCAGGGAUUUGCUAUCAGAUAUAGAGCUGUGAAGGACAAUGUGCAUCAAAACAAGACUCCAGUGAAUCACACCCUUUCAGAGAGGAUAAAUGAACAAGCAAAUCUCAGCAUCAAUGCAGCUCGGUCAUCAAAGAUACUUUAUGUCAUCACAACCAGCCCAAGUCAUCCUACCAGCUCCAUGCCUGAGUGGACAAUAUACAGUCUCACAGCACUGCUCAUCCUAAGUGUUACAGCCAUAAUAGCAAAGAUAAUUCUCCACGUUACCAUGAGAUCCCAUCAGAUUCCAUCCACAAGUGAAACUGAAGAUUGCAGUGAUGUCACCACUGCCGGUGAGAUCUGGAGUAUAUUUUACCAGCCAUCCACAUCCAUAUCCAUCUUCAAGAAAAAGCUCCGAAAUCAGCAGGAUGAUUGCAACCCACUCGUGGGAAACUAAAGUGCCUUCUGUUUUACAAGAAUUGAUCUUCUUAAGAUCCAGAGAGAGAUGAGCUAACACAGCUAAGUGGACAAUAAGCCAUAGGAAAAAGACAAGUUGUCUGCCCCAGAAGCUGGGGCAGCAAGUGCUUCUGCUGGCACUGCCACUGCAGCAAUCUGCGAGCCUCGACGCUGCGUGCCAGAGCCUACACUGUGUGUGGACCUCAGGUGGAAAGGGGCCAGCUGGACAAGUGCCUUCCCUAAUACAAAAUCUAUGUUUAAAACUAGUUUAGUUUGUUGACUAAAUGAUUUUAUAUGUAUUUUUGUCUUAAUAUUGUUAUGUUGUGGGGAAAUAGAGACUGUGUUAUGUAAAAAUGUGUGAUAUGUUAUCAUAGUAAUAUAUAUAUUUAUAUAUGUAUAGGAAAUGCAUUAUUUAAUACAGCAUAUUAUGCUUGUAUCUUGCUAACAUUUUAUAGGAAGAAAAGAUGUUAGUUUACACUCUGGGAAAAAUAAAUUUUCUAUACACUGUAACUGUAGGAAAAAAAUCAAAGAUACUUUUUUGGUAUCUGUAACAGAAGGUCAUUGAGAACAGGGUAACUCAGACUCAGUUCUAUGGCCAAAUAGAUGCUGAUGAAACAAUUGCUUUAAGAAGCACUUACCUCCUUUGAAUCUCAUUUCUAGCUUGUAUUUGUAUUAGGCUGUUCAUCAGAUUCUACAAAUUCAUAUGCAUAUACUCUCUGAACCACUUUUUCCUUCAAACAGCUGAUCUGCUUUUUCAAAGCAUUAACGUCGUCCUUUUUAGAACUUGUUUCUGGCCAGACUUUCUACAGCCAGUACAAUGCUGAGGAAGUUUAUCACAUUGCUCAUGCAGACAACUUAGUGGGAUUGCAGAAUUAUGGUGUUUGUAUUCCAAGCCCCCCUGGCAGGAGUAUAAAUGGGAGAUUUUUACAGAUAGCCCUGGAAGCUGUACUGAAUGUGCAGCCUGUAUGACUACAGACCAAACCCAUCAGCAGACACAUGGCUGCCACUGAAAGAGCAUGACCAGCUAUUCCACUUUCAUCUUCUGCUUAAUGAGCCUUCUCAGGCAGUGGGAAGGACUACUAACAGAUUUUUCUAGUGCACCACUUUGCCUAAAGGAAGGGUGAACUACAAAAACAACUGACAAAUACUUGUCCAACUAGUUCUUAAUACCUUGCAUCAAUAUUUCACAAUCUUCCAAUGAAAUAUAGUUCAGUGAUAGUUUCACCUGAACAUUGUUCUAGGAAUUUAUGAACUCUGCUACUCAUUUCUGAAUUCUGCUACCUUGAGAGUGAAAAAUAGAAUUCUCUUCAGACCACACUAUUUUUCCUAUAACAACACAUUCCUGAUACACAUACAUUUCAUGCAGCUCAUACUUUCUCAAAUUUACUGAGCACCUGUGCUUUGGGGUGAAACUCAGCAUUCUGAAUUUCAGUCUCAAGACAACUUACUACAAAUGCAAAGGCAUGAACCACAUAAGGCUGUCAAGAAACCAGAAUAAAUCAAACUUGAGAUGACUCACCACUGAAAUAUGUGCUGUGUUUAUAGCUGGUCACCCUGCAUUCAACAAAUGGCUGUAAAUAAUAAUUAUGAAAAAAUAAAUACAUUUGUGCAGAAGGAGUUGUUAGGACUGCUAACUUGUAUACAAGCAUGGAAUAAAGGAAGCAGAAACUGCUGCAGUUCACCAGCAGAUUACAAUGGGGCUGUCCACUGUGGAGGUUAGAAGAGAAUAUCUGAGCUGAAAAUGCUGAGAAUGAUUACAUAUAUAAAGUAUAAUAUUGCUCUGACACACAAUUUCUGAGGUAACAGCAAAUUGAAAGUUUUCAGUUUACGUGUUUUCAGACUGUUACAAAGAACUGUAACAAUUCUUUCAGUGUUUUCUUUACGAAUUCCAGUAACAUGUAAUGCUGUUUCCACUUACUUGUGAGAUUCAUCUUUUCUUUAAUUAAUUCCUCCUGACCAAAAUAAUGCUACAGUUUAGGAAAUCUUCAGUGACCUUUUAUGUAAACACCAGAAUACCAGUGUCAGAUACCCAAACUGUCUCCAGCUUUUCAUGUGAAGACUCAAACUCUCUUUUUCUCUUAGAAACGCAACUGUCACAGGGGACUGGCCUCCCCUUAGACAGGGUAGGUUACUCUGCUCUCCUUUCUUGCCAUUCCAGUUAUGAGACUCCUCUUGCACUUUGGUUUAUUCUGGGAACUGUUGCCUUUUUUUCUGUUGCUGUUUCCUAAGCAACAGUUUCAUUCCCCAUGAGAGAAAUGUGUUCUUGAUUCUGAAAGAGACGCUUUUCUAUGAAGCAUUUAAGUCACAGGGGCACGGCCCUUUCAUUGCAAGAUAAAAUAUCCAGUUUCAGGUAUGCUGUUGUCUCCCUGGCCAAAGAAUUAGGCCAGGCUGGCUCCACGGGGUAUGAACACAGCCAUCCUUUUAAGGGCAUUUUUCUCUUCACACUACCCAAGUAACAACAAACGUUACCUAACAGCUGUCACAGGAUUUGACAGAUGCACAUGAUAUUGCAGAUAAUGUUACAGAAACACCAAGUGUUACUAUAAUGUACAAUCCAUUAAGAAUAGUCUGCUCCUGCUUGUCUUUUUUUACCGUAUCAAGAUUCUGUGGAGGUUUGUGGUGCCCACAGGACUCAUUUUGCCACUAAUUUGUUCCUUAAACAUUGAACCUCAAUAGAAAAAAGAACCGUCCCCUGCCAAGUAUCAAAAUUUUCAUUUUUGACAGAAAAUAUUUACAUUUAGUCAGUUUAAAAAAGCCACAACAAAGAAGAAACAGAAUAUCACACACACAACUAAGCAUCACAUAAAAAGUUCAGCCAGCAGCCCACAACUGUCUUUCUCACAGAAAGAGAGGAUGGGCUCACUGAUUAUUUUGUGGGACAGCAAGAGUGAAGGUAUGCCCUGCUCUUAAAGGCACAAUCACCUCACAGUUUUCUUCAGAACAAGAAGCAAGAAAACAAAACACAAGUCAACAAUAGCAAGUGGGGGGUGGAGGAAGGGAAGAGGAAGGAGACUCAGAUGUGACCUGUCAACACAGGCACAUCAGCCAAACACAGAUGGCAAGUUUUAUGCUGUUUGGAAAAACAGUUGUUUAAUGACCUGAUUUGCAG